AUGGAAAAUAUCAUAUCUUAUAAUCAAUUAAUAAAUUAUAAACCUGUUAUUGAAAUAAUUGAAGAUUGUCAUAUAUCAGUUGCAGAUAUUCAAAAUGCAUUAGCUAUUGUCGGUUAUCCUGUGACGAAGAAAAAUCUACCAGAACCAAAUGAAAAUUCUACUCAACCAAAACGAAAACGGUGUUCAAUUUGUGAAUGUUCUAUGGACAAGAAACCAUCAACUCAAUAUUGUGAUUGUUCUGCAUUCGUUUGUAAUGAGCAUUCUGUUAAACGUAUUUUUUGUGUUACUUGUUCUAAAUAA